AUGUCUGCCAACACUAAUGAAGUCGUUAUGCGUGACGCCCGUGCGUCAAACCCGGACGAUCCCCUCGACAAGCUAAUUAGCUUAGGAGAGGAAGAGCUUAAGGGAAUUAAUAAUGCAAGCAGCGAGUGGCGUGAUGGUGUAUUGCUAAGGGAAUACAAGAAGGAGAAGGCUACGGCAGAAGUGCCUAAACCUUUAGAUCCCUCUCAAGAAGAGGGAGGACUUACUAAGGGGCCUGAGCCUUUAGGUCCCGCUCGAGAAAAGGGAGAACCUAUCAAGGAGCCCCCUAAGAAGAAGAAGGCUAAUCGCUGCCAAUAUCACUUCCCUAAUAAGGAGUGCAUGGCAGCUGACCCUACGUUGAAGAACUGGGGUAGGUUUAUUCCGCUGUUAAGCCCUGAAGCUAUACUAGCAGCCGCGACUCUUAUAAACCAGCAAUUUUCUGAGAUCGUGAAGUCGUUUAUAUCUAAAAAUAACUAG